AAUCCCCUACUCGUGGGAGCAAUCAAACAUGGCUCAUCUGAAAGCAUGCCCAAACAAUUUACUUCUUCCAAAGAGGCUCUCUAGAAACUCUGCAUGUAGUAGUAUACGAGUCAAAUGUGACAUGAUACAGCUGGUGAAUCUCGAGGGAAGUUGUAAGAAUGCGGGUUGCUACGUGAAGAGAGACGAGAAGGGGAGGAAGCUUUGGAGCAGACGAAGGGGUGUUCUGGUUCCUUGCUGCUCUUCAACCUCCAAGGAAUUGGUUGGGGAGGGUUGGAAUGGGAAAAGUGAGAUUAGUAAGGAUGCGUAUUUGAUCAGUGAGUUUGGGUGGAGAGUGAGGAGGCUGGUUGAGAAAGAAGAUGAGAUGAGAAUGGUAGCUCAAAUUCAAUCUGAAGCAUUUCAUAUCCCAGUGGCUCUCUUUGAUGAUUUAUUCUUCGAAUUUUUCAGGGCUGAAGUUCUAUCUGGGCUUGUCUACAAGAUUAGAAACUCACCACCAGAUAGGUAUGCCUGUUUGGUUGCUGAGCCUAUGGAUGCUUCUUAUACAGAACCCACAUCAGAGCAGGUGCUUGUAGGUGUUGUGGAUGUCACAGCCUUGAGAGAUGCUGUUGUCCUCAGGCAUCUUGAAGGAGCAGAAGAAUAUCUUUAUAUGUCUGGUAUUGCAGUGUUGAAAGAUUUCAGGAGGAGAAAAGUAGCAACAGUGUUGCUUAAAGCUUGUGACCUACUUGCACUUCUAUGGGGUUUUGACUACCUUGCACUGCGGGCUUAUGAAGAUGAUUUUGGUGCCUGCAAAUUGUAUGAAGAUGCAGGUUAUAGAAUUGUGUCAAGAGAUCCCCCAUGGUUGACAUCUUGGAUUGGGAGAAAGAGGCGCGUUAUAAUGGUUAAGCGCUCAACUCUAUGAGACUGGUUCUGAGGACCUACAAAUCUAGAACAUUACAAAGAGAAGAAUGUCACUGAAAGUUAAAUUGCAUGGAAGAUGAUAAUUCAAGAAUCUCAAUGUCAAACAUGUGCAGUGGAAAAUAAUAUGAAAAAAAUGUAUCUCAAUGUCAAAAUAGAGUAUCUCUUUGUAAGGAAUUAGGAAAAUCAAUGUAGCAACCUUUGAGUUAUACUGUAACAUAGCACCUCAAUAUUUCUUUUUCUUU